GUUACAAGGAUACAGCAAUAUGGGAGGAUUCACGAGUAAGCACUGGGAGGAGAUGACGGAGAUGGAGGCUGCACAGCAGGGUAUUAAAAAGGAGGAGAACAAGGAGAGGCUUAGUUUCCGUGAUAAAUUGCGAACCCGUAUCCUCAGAUCAGAUCCUAGAUCCUGUUCAGAUGGUUUAGAUAGAACUCCCAUAGCUGUAGAUAGACCAGGAGCAGAGUGUGAAACCCCAGUUCAGAUGAAGACAGUAUCCCUAGUAGACCCUAGAUCUCCAGGUGGUGGAGUGGAUAGGACUCCUAUAGUUGUAGAAGAUGAAGGGGUCAGGAGACGGGUUCUAAUGCAACAAGAAUGUGAUACUCCAAUCAGAGGACAGAUACCUCCAGCAAUAACAAUCCCUGGAUCUGAUAGGACAAUUGAUCCAUUGAUCAUUGAUUCCGGAGAGUAUGAUCCUAGAUCACCCAGCAAUCUUCAACCUAGAACACCGAUCACCUCGACUCCUGCACUAGAUCUCAUCACUAAACAAAGUUCUAACUACGAUACUCCGCCCACCGUGGACUUGUCGGAUUUGAAGGUGGAGACAGAGAGACGAGUUGAUAAAGGACAACCCAGUCAUAUUCUACAGAAUAAGUUUAAAUCUGCGCUCUCUACUCUUCCAUACUCGGAUCCUUCUACCCCAGAAGCUGCAGGAGACCUGGAUAGUUCGGAUCUGAGCUUAAAGAGCAGCAAUGAUAGUUCUCUUGUCAUCUAAACCCUAUGAUUCCUCAAACUAUUCUUGCCAAGAGAGUUAUUUGUUGAUCAGUUUCAUUUCCCAAGAGAUCAGGAGCUCACGGUUGCUUAUAUUCAUGUUCUAAGGAGUCGAAAAAAAGUUGUUAAAAAUUUAUCAUAUCCCAGUUUAAAAGAAUAA